UCUUUUAGUUAGCUCCUCUGAAAAAUGGCGACGUCCAAGGGAGCGAAUACGUACAAUCGUCAAAAUUGGGAAGAUGCUGAGUUUCCAAUCUUGUGCCAGACAUGUCUUGGGGACAAUCCUUAUAUUCGAAUGACCAAGGAAAAGUAUGGCAAGGAAUGUAAGAUCUGUGCCCGACCCUUCACUGUGUUCCGCUGGUGUCCCGGUGCUCGCAUGCGCUUCAAAAAGACAGAAGUCUGUCAAACCUGCAGCAAGAUAAAGAAUGUCUGCCAGACGUGUCUCCUGGAUUUGGAAUAUGGUCUUCCUGUCCAGGUUAGAGAUGCAGCCCUGAAAGCCUAUGACAACAUGCCCAAGUCAGACGUCAACAAGGAAUAUUACACACAGAACAUGGAACGAGAAAUUGCCAACAGUGAUGGCACCAACCCUGUGGGGGCACUUACAGGGAAGGCCCAGGCGCCGAGCGACAUGCUGCUGAAGCUGGCCAGGACCACACCCUACUACAAGAGGAACAGGCCACACAUCUGCUCAUUCUGGGUCAAGGGGGAGUGCAAGAGAGGAGAGGAGUGUCCAUACCGUCACGAGAAGCCAACUGAUCCAGAUGACCCUCUGGCUGACCAGAACAUCAAGGACCGGUUCUACGGCAUGAAUGACCCUGUGGCGGACAAGCUGAUGAACAGAUAUUCCAACAUGCCAAAGCUGGAAGCUCCGGAGGACAAGACCAUCACAACCUUGUAUGUUGGUAACCUUGGAGACAAGGUGACAGAGCAGGAUCUCAGAGAUCACUUCUACCAAUUUGGUGAGAUUAGGUCUGUGAAUGUGGUCGCAAAACAGCAGUGUGCUUUUGUCCAGUUUACGGAAAGGCCAUCAUCAGAGACAGCCGCAGAGAGGUCGUUUAAUAAGCUCAUCAUUAAUGGUCGCCGGCUGAACAUUAAGUGGGGUCGGUCACAGGGCCAGCAACAACUGACCGGCAAGAAGGAGGACGAUGGUCAGAUGCUGGAACCAGUGCCAGGGCUUCCAGGAGCUCUACCACCCCCACCAGAAGAACUGGGCAACAACUUCUUCAACCUCCAGGGCCCACCCCCAGCACUGCCGCCCCUCCCACCCAGGGGGAUGAUGCCCCGUGGGCCUCCACCCAUGCCUCCGUUUGGCAUCAUGCCAAGAGGACCACCACCUAUGGGUAUGCGCAUGCCUCCCCCUCCCCCGGGUAUAAUGCCCAUCAGGCCACCCCCAGGGGUACACAUGAGACAUAUGGUGCACUAUCCAUCACAAGACCCCACAAGGAUGGGGGCAGUGUCGUCAGGGAAACAGCCACAGCAGCAGCCGCCACAGCAACAACAACAGACUUAGCAAUCUCUUUCAGGUGGCUGGAAUCAUUAACAUGUGAAUACUGUAAUGCAAUUGUGAGAGAAAUGUCACAUGAUAUGUCCUUCUUCAUAAAUAUUCUUGUUUGUUAGAUGUCUUUGUGAACUUAAAAUGACCCCGCAAUAUUUCUGUAUUUUCGGGUAUAAACAAUUUGAUAAUUUUACACCUAUAUGCUCUUAAUAAGGAAUCAUUGUCACAUGAUUGGUGUUCAAAGACCCUCCAACCUUUCUGAGAUGUGACCGAUGAUGAAAAUAUGUUUCGGCCAAAAAACACUGAAUAAAUAAAAAAAACUUGGGUUUCUACUUUUGCAAGAUGGCAAAAUCAACCUGCCUCUCUGUUUUUUCUCAGCUUGAUAAUGUGUUUCUUAAGACAGAGUUUGCUUGUUUGGAAUCCAAAUGUGUCAGCGGAUGGAGAUGACAGCACAGAGUUGUAGCCAAAUAUAUUGUAGCCAUACUCGGCUGUAACUUGACAACCCUACAUAAGACAGGACAGUUGGGAGGGGUUGGGAAACAAUACACUCGGCAGCAACCAAAUACUCUGUGUCAUAGUUUAUUAUCUUUAUAAGUGGUCAUUUCAAUCAUGAGUUCCCAAAUUGACAGUGUUGAUGGAAUGGAGUUAUUCCCCUUCUUGUUCGGAGUUAUUUAGUUGACUGUGUGGGUGUAUAUCAAUCUCAUCAAAAUCAAAUCUUUUGCUCCCUCUUCUAUGAAUUUGUGUGAAGAAUACAUCUGAAAUUAAGAAUGUACUCCCUUUGUGUGUAGAUGCCAUGGUAUUUAGAAACAACAGCGUGUAUAAAAUAUCUACAACAAUAUAAUGUAUGGCCUAUAUUAUUUACAUUUGGAACUGGCCUAAUAAUUUCAUUUUUGAGAUUAGAUAUGCUGGUCAGAAUGCAAGGCUAACUUGUUUUGAGAAUUUAAACCCUUAGUUUAGUAAGUUUACCUGGUGUGAACUCCAUUGAAGGGUUUGUCAGAUCUUCACACAUAGGUAUUGUGUUGGAGUGCUAGCUCUAAUUUUAAUGAGAAUGAGGUUCAUAUUGGUGUGAAGUGGAACAGUCUUUGUCCAAUUUCCGUUCCUCCUAGUCAAACUAUUAUGUAUAUGUUGACUGCAUUAUCACAAGGUGAAGUUGGAAUGGCAAGGUUGUGUUCUAGAUGGAAGCCUGAGCUAGUCGGUUCCAGCUAUUAUGUGUUCAUGUCUACUAUGUUCACUCCACAGUGUUAGCAUUGGUUCAUUCCAAUAGUACAAAUGUGUGUGUUUGUAACCAUCAUACACGUUAUGUACCUUUUGUCACAUCAAUGUUUCCACCCUCAAGAAUGUUGUCAUCAUCAAGGCUUCAUGGAUUUGUAGCCACUGCGAUCCUCCUUCACCGUGAAUACAUCGGGUGUUGCACAAUAAAUAUUGUCAAUGUAAUCUUAAUACUCACUGGUUUUCCCUCUCGCUAGAAACAGGCCGUGGUUUGAUUGGUUGGUUAAAAAUAGCCACAACACUGUAAAGAGACUGGAUGUUUUCAUGGCUGAUGGAGGCUCGUAGUGUUUCCAAACCCAUGAAGUACUGACGCUGAAGUUAUGCAUCAAAUUGUUAACCAGUAUAUUCGAACUGCUGUGCUGUAUGAAUGUGGGGGGACAUUCCACAUGGCAACAUAAACUUGUGCCCACUCCUCAUUAUACUCUGAACAUUUUAUUCAUGCACAUUGUUUUUAAACAUCAUACACUUUGUAUCAGAGGAGAUGCAAAACCAGGAAUCAUUUCUUGUAAAUACUGGAUAAUAAAAUUUGAAAAUGUCA